GAUAUGGGGCUUCUUUUGGGGUGAUGGCAUGUUUUGGAAUAAGAUAGCAGUGAUGGUUGUACAACUUUGUGAAUACACUAAAAACUACUGAAUUGUGUGCUUUAAAAGGAUGAAUAUUAUGGCAGUGAAUUAUAUCUCAAUUUUUUUAAAUGUAAAAAGAAGACCAAGCAUCACAGCUCAUCUGUAGUCUGUGCUUUGGGAGGCCAAGGCGGUAGGAUUAUUUGAGGCCAGGAGUUCAAAAAUCAGUCAGACCAACGCAGACCCCACCUCUACAACAAAUUUAAAAAAUAGCUGGGCGUGGUGGAGCAUGCCUGUAGUCCCAGCUCGUCAGGAGGCUGAAGCGGGAGGACUUCUUGAGCCCAGGAGUGCAAGGCUGCAGUGAGCUAUGAUGGCACCACUGCACUCCAGCCUGGGCAACACAGCAAGAUCCUCUCUUAAAAAAAUGAAAAGUAAAAAGAAGAGAGGGAAAGAGAGAAAAAGAUGAUGGGAGCUGGGACAAAGAUAGUCGUGGGGAUGGAUGAAGCAGGUUCUAGAACUUAUAGAAAAAAAAGGAAUAGAGUGUGCCAACAGCUUAGAUAUAGAGUGUGAGAGAGAAGAGUGGAGGCUGGUUCUCAGGCUCCAGACGCAUAAGCCUGUGUGGAGCGCAGCGUCGCUGAGCAAGACAGGUGUGGAGGAUGAGAAGCAGGGCCGCAAGAUGGGAAGGGAAUCUGUGUGGAGACGGUGCCCUAAACAUGCUGCCUUGAGGAGGGACCUCCGCAUGGGGUGGCCGGGUACAGCCAGGCUACCCAUGGGGACCUCAACAGCUUUGCCAUUGCACACUGUCUUUGCAGACAAGAUCUUAAUCACAUCCAACUUUCUGCAGUUGCGCAGGGUACCUCAGACCCACAUCCCAGAUGACAUUGCUCAGAAGCUCGCAGCUGGAGAUGAUAUCACCUUAGACAACAUCACCCUAGCCCAAGACAUCGCUAUUAGAGAUACAUCACCUGGACACUAAAGCCUCCACCCCAGUGACACCCAUGCAGUGCCUCUCUCAGGGUGCUGACAAAAUGGACAUGGACAUUUGUUGCUUUUCUUCUUUUGAAUUAGGAACUCUAUUGUGUUUCCUGAAUGUACUGUCUGCUUGGCCCGUGAUCCUGGUAUGUUCCUUGCUGUCUGCCAAAACAUGCACCCUCCCCUCCACACCUAAAGGAAAAUCUGCUAGAAGCUACUACUCUCAAUGCCAUUCUAAAAUUGACAAAGAGUAUUAUUUUCCCCAAGAGGCAGCUGCUGCAGGCCAGUGAAUCCUUUGGACCCUGGGGAGAGGGUCAUACACUCCCUAGUGACUUCUACUCCACCUUUCAGCUUUCCACCAGGACCUCCUGCCGUGUCCCCAACUGUAACCACCCCAUCCCCUUGGUUACACACAAAUAUCACCAAUCUUUACAUGUACCGUACUGACUUCUCAGAUCAUACCCUCCAACAAGAUAACUGCAGGACUUGCCACCAUGACCUGAGAAAUACACCAAGAUAUUAUUGUCCAAUUUUUUUGAGAGAGAUAUAUAUAUAUCUCAUACUUUUAAAAUACUUUGCAAUCCACCAAGAUAUUGGUAGAGACCCUGGAAAUUUCGAAUCUAUUUCCCCUGCUAAUGCCAUAUGAAUGGGAAACUUGGAUACAGGCUGGCCUACAAGGACUCCUUAUACUUCGAUUUUUGUUCCUCCUUUCAACUCUCAUAAAAAAUAUUUUCUAUACUAUUUAGGGCAAAUAAUGGCCUUCUUUCUAAGUCUCAUCCAUCAUUGCUGCAAAGGUGCCUUAGUUUGAUGUUAAAGUGUCACAGGGCCAAUGUAUUGACCAUCUUUCUGGCGUCUAAAAAGUCGAUGUUUUAACAUCUGUCCUACAUGCAUACACCAAACAUUCCUUGAUCUGGAAAACCCAACAAUAUGCUUUGCUUCAGCCUCAGGCCUCCCUUGUUGCCUCCUCUGUGCCACCCCCCAAUUCCUCGGGAGUCCUCCUCCUCCCAGGGGUGCACUUUUCAAAUACAAACCAACCAAUCCAGAGCCCACACCCCAACCACCUCCUUUAUUGGUCUCUCACAUGCUGGGUCACUAUCCACUUUCCCUAAUCACCCAAAGUCAGGUACCAGACAACUAGGGACAGCCCCUAUACCCCAGAGCCUGCUGAAAUUAGCAAACUGGCCAAUCCUGAGCCUGUUUACUUUGCCUUCCUGCUUCUUCCCAUGGAAACCACAAAAAAAGGCUGUUGUCCACAGCCCCCCUCUCGCUCUGCCUCCUGCUUCCCUGUACAGCCCUGUGGUGUGGUGCACACUUUCCUCUUGGGAACUAUGUGAAACUAUCUCCUAAUCCUCUCUGUUGGCCUUAGUAUACCUCAAAUUUUUUGUAUUGAUACACUUUUUUUGGUGGGUUUUUGCUUGUUUGUUUUUUGUUUUUGAGACGGAGUUUCACUCUUGUCUCCCAGGCUGGAGUGCAGUGGUACGAUCUUGGCUCACUGCAACCUCUGCCUCCCAGGUUCAAGUGAUUCUCCUGCCUCAGCCUCCCGAGUAGCUGGGAUUACAGGCGCGCACCACCACGCCUGGCUAAUUUUUGUGUUUUUAGUAGAGAUGGGGUUUCACCAUGUUGGCCAGGCUGGUCUCGAACUCGUGACCUCAAGUGAUCUGCCCGCCUCGGCCUCCCAAAGUACUGGGAUUACAGGCGGGAGCCACCAUGCCCAGCUGACACACUGUUUUCUUUUAAACAGCUGGGAAACCUCUUAUCCUCAUCACCGGUGCCAGGUCCAGCUUCAGGAGGGCAGGCUCACCUGCUUUACUUCCAGAUCCCCACGUGCAGCAUGGAGCCUCCCUCUGACCUGUUUGUUGGACUUGUUUCAAAAAGGCGGCCAUGGUUUCUUUUUUUCCUUCCUCAGCCCUGAUUAAUUUCAACAGAAGAAAACGUAUCCCCUCUAGUUUGUGAUGGAAUCCAAGCUUAAUUAGCCAUUCAUGGUGCUAAACUGUCCUGCACUGGAUGACCCAAUCGCUUCUGAUUUUCCAAGCUUGGCUCUCAGACCAUCCUGAUGGAGGAAACACUAGCAGUCUGCCCAAUCUGAAUGCAAAUCCAGAAUAAUCUUUUCUUUUGUUGUUACACAGUUAGGAGUGCAAUUUUUAAACUGCUGCUGCUCUACAGCUUGCCUGCCUUAUGCUUUCUUCUGGCCACCCAGGGAAGUGACAGCUUCCACUCCAAAGCACAGAUCCUAGUGACACUAAGGUAAUAAUCUCUCCAGCUGGACCUCAUGCACUCACAUGGACAACACACUUCUCUCCUUCAGUGAUCAUCAUCCUUGAACCAUGUCGGUGGCAUGCUCUAAUCGUGACUCAACGUCUGGUUGUCAAUUGCUGUGUAACAAACCACCUCAACAUUCAGUGGCUUGAAUUGAAAGCAGUGUCUUGAAGAAAUAUUUGCACAUUUCAUGCUCAUAGCAGCAUUAUUCACAACAGCCAACAGGCAGAAGCAACCCAAUGUCCAACAACAGAUGAGAGGAUAACCAAAAUGUGGUCCAUCCAUACAAUGAAAUAUGAUUCAGUCUUGACAAGGAAGGAAGUCUCGCCACGUGCUAUAACAUGGAUGGACCUUGAGGACACUAUGCUAAGUGAAGUAAGCCAGGCACAAAAGGACAAAUACUGUGUGAUUCCACUUUAUAGGGUACCAAAGAGAAUCAAACACAGAGAUAGAAAGUAGAUUUGGGUGGCCAGGGACUUGGGGAGAGAGGAAAGGGCAGUUAUUGUUUAAAAGGUACAGAGUUUCAGUCUGUGAAGAUGAAAAUGUUCUGGAAACGGUUAAUGGUGAUUUUACGUUGUUUAUGUUACCACGAUUUGUAAAAGAGCAGCUGCACUGAGAAUGAGCAUGCUUGUCAUUGGCAGCUCUGUGAGAUUUUCGGUGCCUCUUACUGGCUUGUUAAGAAGAUGGCAGAUUCCUCUCCCCGUCUGCUUCUUUCAUUAAAAAAUUCCCAUUUCCA